AUGUCCAUUCCAUCUCCACCACCCUUCAAACCUCGUUCCUCAUCCUUAUCUCCAUACCCCCUAUUCCCAUCUCAAUCCCACUCGACAUCUCAUCUCCCCAUUCAAACUCAGAUCCAGAUUCAUGACAAAAAAUGUAUAUAUCUCCUUACCACACACGCCUGUUCCCAUUUCGUGCAACCGUUUACUCAUCCGACGAAUAUUAUUCACACCGAGAAUUGUGUUGCGAGAUUCGGAGGCUGUUGUUCGAGUCAGGGGUAUCGGUAUGAGAUUUUGGGGAAUGGGGGUGAGGAAUGUGAGGUUUGUGUGAGGAGUGGGAAGUUGAUGAAGGAGAAGGGCUCGAGCGGAGAGAUUCGGUUAAAAAAUGAAGAAAGGGGGAAUGGGUUGGAUGUGGAAAUUCAGAGGAGAGAUAGGGACGAUAUGCCAGGGAUGGAUUUAAUACCGAAUACAGAUAAUAGAUUGGCGAAUGAUCUGGGGAAGGAAUUAGCAAGCGAUAAUAAUGCACACUUACCAACAAGCCCCCCUUUUUCGUUAAAGAAAACUCAAAGUUCCCCGGAUAUGUAUCGCCGUGGCAGCGACGAUGGAAAAGGAAAACAAAUGAUGACAUAUGAACAUCAACGUGCAAUUCCCACGCAAAGAAGACCGAUGAUUGCGGAGAGGAAACGGGUUUCUAUUGUUAUUGAAGAGGGAGGUGGAUAUUAUGGGGAUACAUGUGGAGUUUUCAAUUCUACUUUGAGAUGUGGCAGGGAAAAGGGAAGGAAAUGCUGGGAGGAUUUAUGGGGGAGGUUUAAGAGGUUGUAA